AUGCCCAGUAUGCCUCUCAAUAGAAAUCACUUUGAAAUUCCACCUAACAUCUUUUUAGCUGACCCAAAUUUCCAUGAGCCAGCUCCUAGUGACAUAAUUAUCGGCGCAGAAUUCGCGCAUUCAUUUUUGCGCAAAGGUCAAUUGCGAAUAAAGGGGCACACUGCCGUCCUACAGAAACCUAUUCUAGGCUGGAUUAUCGCAGGUAGGGCCUAUAAUCAAAAUCGCAAAACGAAUGAUCGUUCAACAAACCUAUUUUGUCUUUUUAAUCAAAGCGAAAAAAUGCCUAUUUUAUGGGAGUUAGAUCCAGUCCAAACGACUUCCACGCACUCAAAAGAAGAGCAAGUUUGCGAAACACAUUUUGCAAAUCACGUUCGGCGCGAUGACGACGGCCGGUAUAUCGUGAAACUACCAUUUAAUGAUAAAAUAGAUCAACGCGCGGAUUUGCGUAAUGUUGCAUUGCAACGCUUCUAUACACUUGAAAGAAAAUUUGAUAGAAAUCCUUCCCUAAAAACUCAAUAUUCGUAUUGCGUUAAUAGUUAUCUCUCGGAAGGUCACAUGUCACUAGCAACCAAAGAUUCACUAGAUAAGGGCUAA